AUGAUCGGGUGUGUGCUGCCUAAUGUGUUCUCUACUAAAAUGAUUCCUCAGGAACUCCACCGAAAAUCAUAUAUACCCGUUCCUCGAGACUACGUGCGCCUAUCAGUGCGUACAGUUGGUGUUGAGGGCCGUACCUCAGUGUACCCGUCCCACCGGUGCCAACAGGUUUUACUCGGUUGUGUAGCCAUACUAUCCAUUAUAAUAGGUGUGGAUUUGGGCCCUAAAGUCAUAUUAUAUUAA